AUGUCCAUUGUUUUCGGUAUCCUCGUCUUCGAGAUGAGCUACCUCUUACUUUUGAUGGUGCCCUUGCCAUUUGCCAUCAGGCAGAAAAUUGUGAACGGAUCGGUAAAAUUAAACCAGAGCAGAAACUUCAAGAGCGCUUGGGCAUUCACAACAUUCGUACUUGGGCUUCAGUUUGUUGAUUGUCUCCAGAAGCUCCAAAAGUACAGCAACAGCGAAAGCUUUGCUCUGGCCAGCCAAUUCGGUGGCGCAAGGUAUGAUCAGUUGGCGUCCAAAUUCUACAGCCAGCGUAAUCUUUACAUCACUGGCGCAGUGUUAUACUUGGAAGUCUCUAUCGUGACCGUCGUCACAAUCUUGAAGAAAUUGGUGUUGAAGGAGGAGCUGUACAGAGCAGCCACCAAUACUCAGACCAGUAGCAUUGCGGGCCACACCGAUAGCCAGAAGGAAGAGGCUGCUGAGCUCCGCAAGUUGAUCAAGCAGAAGGAAACUGACAUCGCUGUUUUGAAGAAGCAGUUGGAGGGUGCCCAAAAGCAAUAG